AUGGCCAGCAGCGCCAACAGCAGCACGGCGAGCAAGGCGUCCGACACGACGACCAAUAAGGUCUGGCUCUUUGACGAGAAGCAGCUCGAUGACUACACCGUCUUCCACGACAGCUCGACGCACUACGACGAGAGCAUGCUCGACAAGAGAGGUGACGGCGCGCUCCGUGAAGGUGGUGCCAUCCACCUCCUCAGUUCCGAAGCCCUCGGGCUGUUUACGCAGUAUGCGGGCAUCGGGCUCAUCCUCGGGACGCUCCCGGCCUUGGCCUACCCUCUCUACAACGUCUACCUGCAGAUGCAAGGGUACCAAGUGGCGUCGUACUCGGCGCUCAUGAGUCUGCCAUGGAGUCUCAAGAUCUUUAUGGGCAUCAUCUCCGACUGCUUUCCCAUCAAUGGCUACCAGCGCCGGUCGUACAUGAUGAUCGGGUGGAUCCUCUGCGCCGCGAGCUGCGGGCUCAUGGCGGCCACGUCCUUCCCGGCGCCGUACUAUGGCCGCAAAGACCUCGACGGACUCCCGCUCGCCAACAUCUCGGCGCAAGACAAGGCCGACUACAUCAACGCGAACGCGCCCAACAGCGGCGGCCUCUUCAUCUUGCUCUCGACGCUGGCGACCGUGGGCUCGGUCAUGGUCGCGGUCUCGUCCGAUGCGAUGGUCGUGCAGUACGCGCAGCGGGAGCCCAUCGCGCAGCGUGGGCGGAUUCAGACCACGUGCUACGUGGUCCGCGACUCGUUCCGGCAAAUCCCGUCGCUGCUCGUGGGCUUUUGCAUGAACUCGUACGAGUACGGCGGGUCGUUCGACUGGUCGAUCACGCCGUCGGUCGUCUAUGGCAUCCUCGUCGUGCCGUCGUUGAUUGGGCUCGCGGCCUCGAUCUGGUGGAUGGUCGAAGUCCGCGUCGAGCGGGUUUCGCUGCGGCACUACUUUCGCGGCUUUUGGCAGCUCGUGCAGCUCCGCGUCAUGUACCAAUUCUGCGCCUACAACUUUCUCAGCAACGUCUUUUCCCCGAUGACGUCCGAUUGGGUGCGAGCCGAGUCGCUCAACAUGCAGCUCUUCUCGCUCGUCGGUGGUCUCUUUGGCCCGCUCACGAUGUGGGCCCUCGGCAAGUACGCGCUGCACUGGGACUGGCGCUCGUCGAUCGUUUGGUCGACCAUUCUCUGGGUCGCCAUGCGCGCGCUCGUCCAGCUCACGUGUGUUUGGGGCGUCAACCGCAACCAGUAUGCGUUCCUCACCGGCACGAUGCUCAUGGACCAGCCAAUGAACGUUCCUUUCCUCUUCUCGGCGUACGCCAGCGUCGAGAUUGCCGACAUUGGCAACGAAGGGCUCAUCUACUCGCUCACGUCGUCCGUCUCCAACCUCGGAUACCUCUUCGGGCCAGUCUUGUACAAGACGGUCGACUCGUUUUUCGAUGUCUCGCGGGACGACCUUCGGCGCGACGACACGACCGUGCGCUGGCAAGCGACGUACUGUUUCCUCAUUUCGUACACAGUCAAGCUGGCUGCACUCGUCUUCCUCGUGCUCCUGCCGCGUCAGAAGGGCCACGUGCAGCUGCUCAAGCGCCGCGGCGAGUCGAGUUCGAUCGGAGGGGCUGUCACCAUCGUGGGCUUCAUCCUCGUGCUCAUUUACGCCCUCGUGACGAACGCGCUCUCGUUCUUCGCGUCGACGUACUGCCUCCGGAUCGCGGGCGGCAAUGGCUGCUCGUCGUCCGACGCGUAA